UUUAGGUUUCUUGCAUCACAGACUAGCACACAUUUUAUGGAAGGCAAGCGACUGAGCCAAAGGUUCAUGUCACGUCUUCAAACCUCAGCAUCUGUAGUUGUCUGUCUGAUGCUUGACUUUUCUGGGAGGCUGGAUUAACCCUGACUGCAUCAUGUCAGACAGCGUACUGGAGGAAAUCUUCAUCAAACGAUCUCAGCAGAAGAAGAAGACCUCCCCUCUGAACUACAAGGAGAGACUGUUUGUUCUCACCCAGGAAAAAAUAUCCUACUAUGACUUUGAUUCGGAGAAAGGGAAGCGAAAAGGUUUGAGAGGAUCGGUUGACCUGGAGAAGAUCAAGUGUGUAGAGACGGUCCAGCCAGAGCCCUGUACCCCGCAAGAGCGCAUGUAUGCUUUCCAGAUCAUUUAUGAUGAAGGGCCGCUAUACAUCUUUGCCAAAAAUGAGGACAUUCGGGCUCAAUGGAUAAAGAAACUCAAAGAAAUGGUGCGCUUCAACAAGGAUCUCAUGCAGAAGUACCAUCCUUGUUUCUGGGUGGACGGAGUGUGGCUGUGCUGCCAGCAGGAAGUUAAACAAGCGAUGGGUUGCAAGGUGCUGGAUAGUAAGAACGGCUUCACAUCUAAACAAUCUCGGCGAAGGGGAUCCAGGAAACCUCUUCCUCCGACCCCAACAGAGGAGAAGUCUGUUCGGCCUUUACCUCCACAGCCUCCUGAGCCACCUGCCCCCUCUAUAGGUAUGACUGUCAUUGCAGAGUACGAUUACACACCCAUGACACCCCAAGACCUGGCGCUGAGGAAGGAUGAAGAGUACACCAUCCUGGAGAUGUCUGAUCAGAACUGGUGGAGAGCCAGAGAUAGAUAUGGAAAGGAAGGAUAUAUACCUUGUAAUUAUGUUGUGGAAGCUGUAAAUGGGCUAGAAAAAUUUGACUGGUAUUCCAAGAAUACGAACCGUAGCCAGGCAGAAAAGCUGUUAAAGACUGAGAACAAAGACGGAGGCUUCCUGGUACGGGACUCAAGCAAGGCCGGGAAAUACACUGUGUCUUUGUUCAGCAAGGGUGGUGGGGACACCGGUGGAGGCUGCAGACAUUAUAACAUCUGCACCACCGCACAGGGCCAGUUUUACCUGGCAGAGAAGCACAAUUUCAGCAGCAUCCCAGAACUCAUCAACUACCACCAGCACAACGCAGCAGGUAUGGUUAGCAGGCUGAAAUACAUUGUGUCUAACGGGGCACUACCUCCAUCAACAGCAGGACUCGGCUACGGUGUGUGGGAGAUCGACCCUCAUCAUCUCACCUUUAUCAAGGAGCUGGGCACUGGGCAGUUUGGAGUGGUGAAGUACGGAAAGUGGCAGGGCCAGCACGACGUUGCCAUUAAAAUGAUUAAAGAGGGAUCCAUGUCAGAAGACGAUUUCAUAGAGGAAGCUAAAAUCAUGAUGAAGCUACGCCAUGAAAACCUGGUCCAGCUGUACGGCGUAUGCACCAAACAAAGGCCCAUUUAUAUUGUGACUGAGUUCCUUUCAAAUGGCUGUCUGCUCACAUACCUCAGGGAGGGCCUGAAGCAGCACCCAACAACUGUCCAGCUCCUAGAGAUGUGUAAAGAUGUCUCAGAGGGCAUGGCAUAUCUUGAGUCACAGCAGUACAUCCACAGAGACCUGGCUGCCAGGAACUGUUUAGUAGAUGGGAAUGGCACUGUCAAAGUGACUGACUUUGGACUGUCAAGAUAUGUCUUAGAUGACGAGUACACCAGCUCAGCAGGUUCCAAGUUUCCUGUUCGCUGGUCACCUCCUGAAGUCCUCCUCUACUGCAAAUUCAGCAGCAAGUCGGACAUAUGGGCGUAUGGUGUUCUUAUGUGGGAGGUGUACACUUUGGGACGGCUUCCGUAUGAGCGCCUUAACAACACGGAAAUAGUGGACCAGGUGUCCCGGGGCCUGCGCCUCUACCGCCCUCAGCUGGCCAAUGAAAGAGUCUACAGCAUUAUGUCAAGCUGUUGGCUCGAUAAAGCAGAUGAGAGACCUAACUUCCAGGAGCUGACACUGACUGUUCAGGAUUUGCUGUAUGAGCUCCAGUAGACCUCAAAAUAAUCACAACACACCAACAGUUCACUCACAUCCCAACAGAGCUGCAUCUCCAUCUGUCCCUGGAGAGUUAAAAACAAUCAAUAAAACAAUUUACAGCUUGGACAUGGGACCGCACAGCCACACUGAAGUCCUCUGUAAUGUGAAUAUGUUUAUUGUGAAUGUCCUAUAACUCUUGAUUAGAAUUGCCUUCCUGUUGCAUCACUAGAGGAACAGUCCUGCGGGCUGGCAUUUAUAAUGUGUACAUUGUAUUGAAGGCUAUGUGUUUUUAUUGUAUCAUGUGUAGUGUAUUGUGUGGAAUCAUUGUGAAAUGUAGACACCUUUGCAAACAAGCUUUGUGUGAAUAUAUAUUGCACAAAUAAAAGCCAAGUAUGCCAGGCUUUAAAAUGA